GUGUGUGCAGCGCGUGUGGCGUAUCCAGACAGACGCACAGGCAGCCAAACCUGCUCCUCAGAGCCAGGUGAGCCGAGCGGUGGGCGGGGCCUGUUACAGUGGCUGUCAGUGGUGUGAACGGGGCAGGUACAACAGGCUGUUCGUUUACACAGACUUCAGAUCCACACCUUCAGAGCUGCUGGUUCGUGUUAGUAUUAGUUUCGCACACCGAGGCCGGCACAAGGGUUUAACUCUGUAUUUGCUGAGCUGCUUGUUCUUUAAAGGUUCCAGGACCGUCAGGACUGGGAUUACACGGGGGAAAAAAGAAUCAAUUUCUUUUUCCACCCCCCAAUUAUGAACUAAGGGAGAAGUCUCACAGAGGCUUGGAGGGGAUUCGUCCUCCAUGGAGUCCAAACUGUCCUGCCUGUCUUCACUGAAAGAAGAAGACAAUGCGCCGUACAUCCAGCCACACUACAGGGAGUCCUACCGCCUGGCCAUUUACGCCCUGCUCUGCGGGGGCAAAGAGGCCUACGAGGAGUUCCUCCAAGCCGAGAAGAUCAGCCACUUCCUGUCGGAGGACGAGAUCUUCUUCAUCCUGGAAAAUGCAGAGCAGCCGCUCGUGGACGACAGCCCCGAGGGGAGACGGGUCACGGACGACCUCGGCCCCUCCACCUACUUCCCCACCGAGUCCGACGAGGUGGUGCCGGAGCUGGACCUGGGCUGGACCGACGUCGGGCUGGAGACCACGGACACCAGCAUCAGCCUCCUGUUCCACCCGCCCAGGCAGAACACGCCGACCAUCAAGGAGGUGGUUCGCAAGCAGAUCCAGGAGGCGUGGCAGGUCAUCGCCAUAGCAAUGGAUGUGUUCACCGACAUCGACAUCUUCAAGGAGAUCAUCAGCGCGACGCUGAGGGGGGUGGUGGUCUACAUCCUCCUGGACGACUCCAACUUCGGGAGCUUCCUCACCAUGUCGCACAGGGUGGGCGUCAACAUCCAGGACCUCAAGAAUCUCCGUGUUCGGACGGUUCAGGGGCAACAGUAUCACUGCCGGUCCGGGAUGAAGUUUCAUGGAGGUUUAGAGCAGAAGUUCAUUCUGUUGGACGGCCGGACGGUUCUGUACGGGACAUACAGCUACUCAUGGUCGUUUGAGAAGAUCAACGUGAGCAUGGUCUUGGUUGUCACAGGGCAGCUGGUUUGCUCUUAUGACGAGGAGUUCAGGAGACUCUACGCUCGCUCCACAGUUCCUGCGAUCCUGUCCAGGGGAAUGCAGUCUCUCCCAUACCUGGCAGACCCUGUGCACCUGCAGAGUCCGAACUCCAGCCAACUUUCUCUAAAUCAGCUCCACAUGAGAUCCAGAGCGAUGCAAGGCAUGAGAAGUGCACAGGAUGAUAGAUACAACAAUGGCAUGAUGACCAGGGGCCUGAGCAUGCAAGAGAGGCUCCAUCAGUCUCACUAUCAAGAAAUGGGGAACCUGGUGAGGGGACACAGUUACGGGGAUGAACUGCAGAAGUUAAACUCCAUGACCCGACAGAGGAUGGGUCCCCGGGACGGUGCUGGACUCCCUGUUCCCCAAGAGAUGAGAGGACCUAAUAUGAGGGGCGGAGGGGAUUUUGUGCGGAACAACAGGUCAUCUCAGCAGCACCACAAGCACCAGACUCGCUACGGUAAUGACCAGAAUCUGAUACCGUUCAGCUCUGAAACAUCCCUGCACAGGUGGAAGAUUGACUCGUACCUCAAUGACAGAGAUAUGCAUCCAGACGCCUCCUGUGAUGCGAUAUCUCCACAUAGCAGCCACACGGGCUUGAAUGAGCACCAGUCCAAUCUGAUCCACUACAGGUCGAGGGACAUUAAGCAAAGAAUGGAAGAAAUGAGGCAAAAGAGGCUCAGUCUGCAGGAAUAUUCCAAUCUAAGGCAAAGCCAAGAGUCCUUGAGGUCCUUGUAUCAGCCUCUAGAGAGAGCUAAAUUUAAGUCUUCCUUGAGAGGUCUAGACAUAAGACAGAGCGUGGCAGAAUUAGAGACACAUACACAAGAUAUCCUCAACCUGGAAAACCGUGAGCCCACAAAAGCCAGUGAUAAAAGAGAGCCAGUUCUCACUGAUGCUCAGCGCUCUGCUUCUCACUAUGACAUCAAAACGACGUCAGAUCGAAAAACAAUGCAGGCGUACGACUGGCACGAGCCUAUUUCCAGAACGACAUCCGCUGCUGAUUUAGAUGUGAAACUGAACGACGCAUCGCUGAAACUCGCUCAUUUGCCAUCAAGCAGUCAUAAUAUCCAGCACCCAAGGGCGAUGGAGUCUUUGAUGGACAUCCCCGAAGAAAAAGACAGUUCGAACCCCCAAGUUAACAGUUUGGCUGCUGCAGCUCUCAAAGACAGAACUGAAGAGAUUUACAAAGACCGGAAAACUGUACCGAAGGAGGACUCGAGGGUACCUGCAGAAGAUCAAGCUGGUGGAACCCAUGCUUCUGCAUAUAAGAAAGCCAACAGCACGGGCUCAACUACUCCAAGAGGAAGAAAGAAAUCCGUUUCUGACAGAGCUGAAACUAAUCCGAAGGUUUCAAAUGCAUCUACAGGAUCUCAGCAUGCAGUGGAAACUCCUGACACAGAUGGAGGGCAAACAGAGCAUGAGGAAGCAGCACUUCAGAGGAGGAAUUCAUUGACAAAGAAAGGACAUUCACCUCUGCUGUCGGAUGAAAAGAAAGCUAAAAAAGAUAAGUCACUCCAAAGGAGGCCCUCUUUGAGGUCGUCGAACAACUCAGGAUCAAACCAACCGCUCAGGACGUACCAUCCGCAGGCAGCUGCUGCUGAGCAAACAACACAGAAAAGCCAAUCACAAAGCAUCUCCAAGUCACAGAACUCCCUCAGUGGACCAUCAGAGUCGCAAAAAUCCUCCUUCCCGAGAUUGUCCCCUCAGCGAUCAAGCAAAAGAAAGACGAACCUCCCAGCAGACCAGGACCGAGGCUCGACGAAUGCUCUGGAUGGCGAAGGAGCGACCAUCUAUCAGGCCACCAGAGAAAAGGCCUACAGUCGAUACGAGUAUCUGCUGAGCACUGAAAAGAUACGCAUGGACAAGUCAAUGAGGACGGCGGGCAUGUUUUCCCCCGACAAAGACAGAAGCUCCCCGCUGAACAGGCAGGGAUCUGGCUACCCGGGUUAUCAGGCGCAAAGUCCCGACAACAAACUGGGGAAAUUCAUGCAGCGAAUGGGAAAUCUGAUCACCAAAAACAAGUAGGGCUGCAGCUAGAGUGUUAGGUAACUUUAUUAAUCCCCUCCGAGGAGUUGUAAGAUGAUACAUCUUCAGCAGAAAUGAAGGCAACGUUGGUACGUAAUCCUUUUUCGUGCAUUGAUUUACUUUGGCUCACGCACACAGGCUGUAUGUUUACACUACUGUAAUAUGAAGCAGCUUCCUUAUGAUGGCUUAAGAUAUUUAUCACUUAUGCCAAAACAUAAGAUAAUCAGGUAUGUGCUACUUAACCUCCUGAGACCUGAGCUUUAAUUUGGUAUGCAUUUUUAAUUCCUCUGAGGUAUUUGGGACCUAAGUAGUAUAAAAAGCAUCAUCUUUGAACAGGAAGUAGUAGUUUUUGUAAAAAGCAGAAAUGAAAAACACCAGCUAAUUAGCCUAGACACCAGCAGUAGGUAAUAGAGAUGGUGGGAAUGCAACUACACUCAGACCAGGACGAGAUACAAUUAGCCUAGCCACGGAACCGAAACACUCGAGAGCACCAAACAAUUAGCCUAACUGCCAGUAGUUGGUGCUUUCGAGUUAAAUUUGCACUUCAUAUCAAACUACAAACGUUAAUAAGCAUAAAUAAAUAAGUUUUAACCUUUGCUACCACUAGAUGGCAGACUAAAGCAUCCACUAAUGAGGACAACAGUUUAAAUGAAGCAGAAUAAUCUGCAAUAAAACCUAAAACUUAACGUCCCCAUAUGAGGACGCAGGACCUCAGGAGGUUAAUCUCUGUGUAUACAUUAGACUGAGCUGGAACCAACCAGGUUAUUGUUAAAAUAUUACUGAGUCAAGAUUAAAGUGAGUAUGGCAGUAGCACUGAAAAACAUCUCAUCAUGUGAGUUGACUUGUAGAAAUAAUUGUUAAAUAUUGGUUUUUGGUUUUGGCUUUUUUGGACGUUUAGUUCAAGGAUGAUUGUCCAUUUAUUCUCCUGUUAAUGAAACGCACCAAUGAUUUAAUGUUACAAUGUAUUUCCCACAGUUUUGGGUAACAUUUUCCCUGACCCUAACCCUAAUCAAUGGAAAACAAUGGAAACAUUCAAAAAUAUUAAAACAAGAAAUGGCAAAGUACAAGUAGGAAGUCAGGUAAUGGCGUUUUUUUUUUUUUUUCUUAUGGAAGCAUAUCACCAGCCUUAUCCUUUAACUUAGUCUUGUUUUCAUAAUGUGUAUAGUUUUACCUAACAAGAAUGAUGUUGUACAUUUUGCCCUGUUGUGCUGUGAUGAGUUUGAUCGUUAUGGUGCACCCUUCCUCGGGGAAGAUGUUUGAAAGGUAUGGCUGUAAUACAGCAAAAUCCAGACAUUUAACACGAUGGCACGAUGGACGGUACAGUGACUAAAGGGAAAUGCAGCCCUGAAACCUAGAUUUCUUUGGGACCAACGGGGAAUCACAAGAACGUUACCACUAACUGCACAUAGUUUGUAUUACGCCUCUCUCUGUGUUUGGGCAUGCAGGAACACCUCGAGGGGACUGAAGGAUGAACUAUUACACUUUGGUAAAGGACACAGCAACCCCCCAGCUUUAGUGCUUCAGGCCAUAACUCAAGAAUUGUGUCUGUGGAGAUUAAUUCAGAUCAUGGUAUAUUCCCCCUAAAAAACUUAAACAAGGACUUUGGACUUUCUUGAAGAUGUGUCAUUACAGACUUGGAGCAACAAAACAACUCAUCCACAAACUCAUGGCUACACACAGGAGAGUCAGUCCGAGAUUCAUCCGUCCAACUACACUUGAAAGACAAGGAAGACUCUUUUGAGAACAACAAGUUUUAGCCAGAAAAGAAGUUUGAAAGUAAAGUCAUCAAGGUGGACUGAGAUAUAAUCUGCUAUCAAUCUUAAACACAGUCUGUCCUCAAGAAGUUUCACCACCUUUUGUACCUUGAGAUUGGAGUCACUGGAUGAUAAUGGAUCCCUGGAUAACAAACACAAUAAAGGGUCUCCCGCUACUCUGGUACACGCUGGAUGGUGUCCCAGAUUUUCUUUUGUUGCUUUAACAGAGAACCAUUUGGGAGGUCAUCCAUGGAAACAUUUAGAAAAGGGCAGACACUUGGCAGAUGUCUAAUCAAGGACCAACUUCAACAAAUCAGAUCAAGUCAUAUUGUGUACAGUGUAAAGAGGAAAACACAGCGAUCUGCAGCCUGAGCGGAAAGCAAGCAGGCACUUGGUGUAUCUGUAAUCUUUGUAAGAAAAAUAAAAAGGCCUUUGUUACACCUAAAA